UUUAUUGGCGUGGAAAAAAGACAGACGCACUUUGGAGUUUAGUGCUGGGACGUGUAGCAGUCCCUUCAUCCACCGUGAAGACUGUGUGGCUCGGCGCUCCGCCCGACAUCCUCCCCUCUGUCCCCUGCUUACUGUCGUGUCUCCUCUGAACAGAGCCAAACGGAGCAGUUUCUGCCCAGGAAAUAUUCUCCACUCUCUGGACUGGAUGGGAAGAAGGAGAAUCUUUGACCUUGGAAAAUGAAGAUGCUGUUGCCAUGGGAACUGUUGAUCCUUCUGUCACUCAAAGAGUGCCUGGCUGAGAAUACACGCCAUGGUCCUGUCUUCACCCAGGAGCCCAGUGACAGUAUUUUCCCCCUGAGCACUGAUGAUAAGCAGGUGUUUAUUAAUUGCAAAGCCAAGGGAAACCCACCUCCACAUUAUAGGUGGAAAAUGGAUGGGAGAGAAAUAAACACAGAGUCAGAUCCACACUACAGCCUUGUGGAGGGGAACCUGUUGAUCAAUAAUCCCCAUGUAAUCAAUCAUGAAGGAGUGUACCAGUGCAUCACCACCAACACAUUUGGGACUGUUGUCAGCAGGGAGGCAAAAGUCCAGUUUGCAUUUCUGCAGAACUUCAGCAGGAAGUCAAGGAACACGGUGUCGGUGAGAGAGGGUCAAGCUGUGGUUCUGCUCUGCGGCCCUCCACCCCAUUACGGAGAAAUCAAAUACUCAUGGGUUUUCAACGGACAGCGGAGUUUCCUGCAACAGGAUGCCCGUCGUUUUAUCUCUCAAUGGACGGGCAACUUGUACAUAGCCAAAGUUGAACCCUCAGACGCUGGGAACUACACGUGUGUGGUGAGAAACAUGAUGACCAACGCCACCGUGAUAAGUUCUCCAACCCCUGUGGUGGUGAGGAGAGACAUAGUGAUGGGUGAAUACGAGCCAAAGAUUGAGGUUCAGUUUCCCGACACCCUUCACGUCUCUAAAGGAUCAUCAGUGAAGCUGGAAUGCUUUGCCUUAGGAAACCCUGUGCCUUCUAUCUCAUGGAGAAGAGCUGAUGGAUAUCCACUCCCUGGCAAGAUUAAAAUCAACCUCUCCAGUGGGGUUCUGGAAAUUCCAUAUUUUCGCCCGGAGGAUGCCGGUGUCUACGAGUGUGUAGCCGAAAACAGCAGAGGACGAAAUGUUGCCAGAGGGCAACUUAUAUUCCACAAUGUUGAACAUCUGCACUGGGUCCAGACACUGAAAGAUGCUCAUAUGGCAAUUGAUGCUAAUCUGCAGUGGGAAUGUAAAGCCAUCGGUAAGCCUCGGCCUGCAUACAAAUGGUUGAAGAACGGUCAGCCGCUAACAGCAGAGGGGAGGAUCCAUGUGGAAGCUGGUAGACUGACCAUAACCAGGAUUAGUCUGUUGGAUGCAGGGAUGUAUCAGUGUAUUGCAGAGAGUGAACAUGGAGCUCUCUAUGCCAGCGCUGAGCUCAAGGUUGUAGCCUCCCCACCGGACUUCAGCCGGCGGCCCGUGAAGAAGUCCACAGUGAUCCAAAGGGGGGGCGAGGUGGUCUUGGAGUGUCGCCCCCACGCUUCCCCCAGGGCCACAAUCUCCUGGUGGAAAGAGGACAAACUCCUGAAGGACAGCAAGAGUUUUGUCCCUCUCCUUAGACAGACCAUAAUGGAGGAUGGGACUCUACGUAUCACCAACAUCUCCAAAUCUGAUGGAGGCAGGUACACAUGUUUGGCCAGAAACCGUUUUGGAACAUCCAGCAGCACAGGGAUACUGGUGGUGAAAGAGCCUACCAAGAUUACAGUCCCACCCUUGAGUUUGGACGCCACCGUGGGACAGAGCCUUGUGCUGCCAUGCGAGGUGUCUAGUGAUUCGUCCCCGAGUCCCAUCUUCAAGUGGUUUUUCAACGGGAAAGCCAUUGAUUUCAGCAGGCAGGAGCACUUUGAGAUGAUUGGAGGGGGAUUUGCCGGUGACCUGAUGGUGAGAAACAUUCAGCUAAAGCAUUGUGGGAAGUAUGUGUGUAUGGUACACACUGAAGUUGACACUGUCUCGGCAGCAGCAGACUUAAUUGUCAGAGGACCUCCUGGUGCCCCGGAGAGCCUGGUGGUGACUGACAUUACUGACACCACUGUACAACUGUCCUGGGGCUCUGGACCUGACAACCACAGUCCUGUUACCAUGUACAUGGUACAGGCCAGGACCCCCUUCUCUAUCGGCUGGCAGACUGUGAGAACAGUUCCUGAUUCUGUGCCUGGACAGAUGAUGCAUGCAACAGUGAAAGAGCUGAACCCCUGGGUGGAUUAUGAAUUCAGGGUGGUGGCAAUCAACAGUGUUGGUGUUGGAGAACCCAGCACGCCAUCAAAACAGAUUCGAACCAAAGCAGCAGUUCCCAAGGUUGCACCAAUUAAUGUGAGUGGUGGCGGAGGAGCUCGAGGAGAACUUGUUAUCAUGUGGGAGCCAGUUCCAGAGGAACAGCAGAGCGGAGAGGACUUUGGCUAUGUUGUGGCUUUCCUCCCACUUGGCAGCAGCACCUGGAUCCAGACAGUGCUGGCAUCACCUGAUGCAUCGAGAUAUAUUUACAGAAAUGACAGCAUCGCACCCCUGUCCCAGUUUGAAGUGAAAGUGGGAGUCUACAACAGCAUGGGAGAGGGGCCUUUCAGCCACGUCGUCAAAGUGUUUUCUGCAGAAGAAGAGCCCUCUGAGGCGCCAUCAAGAGUUUGGGCCCGCGCUGUAUCAGCCUCUGAGAUCGAAGUGUACUGGGAACCAAUUCCCCCCGGGUCCAGCAGUGAGAAGAUUAUUGCAUAUGAGGUCCUCUUUUGGGAGGAAGGAUCACAGCAGAACGAAGCAGAGAGGGUGAGGGUUAUCGACGCCACAUCUCUGCUCUCGGGCUUGAAGGGCAGCACAGUCUAUCUGAUAUCGGUCAGAGCCCAAAACAGCGCUGGACUUGGUCCCUGCAGCCCUGCUUUUAACAUCACCACCAAGAAACCACCUCCAAGUCAGCCUCCGGGGAAUAUUGAGUGGAACCUGACCAACUCUAAGAUCUUUCUGAAUUGGGAACAUGUCAAGGCGAUGGAAAAUGAGUCUGAGGUGACAGGAUACAAGGUUGUGUAUCGUCAGAACUGGCACGGCAGGACAACUGUACUGGAAACCAAUAAGACCAGUGUGGUGCUGCAAAUCCCCUCUGGAGAGGACUACCUCAUUGAGAUCAAAGCUCUGACCGAAGGAGGCGACGGCACCAGCAGUGGCCCCAUCCGCAUACCAAAGAUGUCCAGUCUUAACUCAAAAGGGUGUAUGUGUCCAGUUCCAAUGAAGAUUUGCUGUUUUAUGAUGUUUUUGGUAUUUUUUAUGAUCAUUUUCUAGCUUCUAAUGCCUCUAUAUUUAGCUCUGGACAUUAGAAUGAAUAUGAUUUAUGAUUCUGCUCUACAUGUCAGAUUUAUGGAAUAUGAAACUGGAAGUGGUUAAGAGUUUCUUAACCACUUUCAGCUUCAUAUUCCAUAACAGCGUUAAGAAACUCUCUAGUUUCUUAGCCACUGGUUUGCAAACCAAACUGAAUGAUGGGAGCGUUGUGACACGUCAAAUGCCUACAAAUCUGUGGCUGGACUGUUAGUCAUAGGCAACAGCACAGUUACAAAACAUUGUCAUCUGCCCAUUUCCAGGAUCACUGCAAUCCUCCAGGAUGCAUGAGUUUGAUAAACAUGGAAAGAUGAAUUUCUUAUCUGUCAUUUUAAAAUCAACAUGAGCACAGGUUCAUGUCCCAGUUUCCUCGUGUCUCUGUCUGUUUCCACCUCUUUUGCCUCAAUUUCCAAGUUAUUUCUUGGCUUGCUGUGACCUCUAUGAAUGUUGAGGUACAAGUUUCACUUACUUCACAUACUACACAUAUGCAAUUUGAAAACUAUGAGUUGGUUUAAAUGUAUUUACUUUUUUACUUUACUCAUCAUUUGGAUUUAAAGUGUUAAUCCUUAAUUUAAAAUCUAAUUCAAUUGUAGCACUUUGUGAUUUUUCACUGACUACGUUUACAUGCACAUAAUAUUCCGUUUUUUUCCCUU